GCCCACUGAGCAAUGGUGGGAGAUGACAGUUGAUGGGGCAUCCGGUCCUAGAGGAUACGGGGGUGGUAUCGUGUUCACCACCCCAGAAGGGUUCAAGAUCUACCAUGCAAUCGUCUUCAACUUCAAGCUGACAAACAAUGAGGCAGUGUACGAAGCUUUGGCUGGGGGGCUCAGACUUGCCCAAGCCCUGAAAAUCAGCCGGGUCAGUAUCAAAUCUGACUCUAGCCUGAUAGUUGGGCAGGUGACCGGAAACAUGGAAGCAAGGGAAGAACGCAUGGCACAAUACAAGGACUUUGUACUUGCCCUGUUGAAAGGCUUCGAAGAGUUCAAGAUCGCCCAAAUUCCCCGGGCGGAAAACGCGGAUGCAGACCUUCUCUACAAGUUGACGCAGUAUGCUCCCGAGCAUGUUUCAAAUCUCGCCCGGGUAGAGAUCCUUAACCGUGCAAGCAUCGAAAAAUUGGAAGUCGCUGCUAUAACGGCCGGAAGCCAGUAUGACCGGUCAAACCUGGUCGGGGCAGACGACCAUUGGAUGUAUGAUCUGAUGGAUGGGAGCUUGCCAGAACAAGAUGAUCGGGCAAGAAAAGUGAAGCUCAGGGCACCCCGAUUCCAGGUUCUUGAUGGAAAGCUGUAUAAAAGGGCAUUUGGGGGGCCACUCCUGAGAUGUCUAACCAACCGGGAGGCUGAGCGAGUCAUAGCGGAGGUUCACGAAGGCGUAUGCGCGGCGCAUCAAAUGUCCCGAAACAAGUGGCUGGAAGAGCUCCCACACAUCGUAUGGGCAUUCCUAGUAACACCCAGGAGGGCUCACGGGGAAACUCCAUUCUCCCUAACCUAUGGGUGUGAAGCAAGGCUGCCCAUCGAAGCUGAAUUCCCAACGUUCCGGGAAUCAAAUUAUCAACCCCAACAAAAUGAAGAAGACCACUUGGCCGAACUCAACUUGGUCGAAGAACGGAGAAUGGCCGCGGAAGUUAAAAUGAGCACAUAUCAACAAGUCGUGAAGAAGUACCACGACAACAAGGUUGGACCGCGAUACUUUCAAGUCGGCGAUGAAGUCCUGCGAAAAAGGGAGGCUAGUAGACCGGGAGACGGAGGAAAGCUGGCCAAAAACUGGGAAGGGCCUUACCGGGUGAGAGCUAUCAUUCGCCCGGGGACCUACCGGUUAGAAACUCUUGAAGCAGAAUUGAUAGGUCGAACCUAUCCUAGGAGGGCUUCCCGGGUGGAUCGGAUCCACUCGGAUAAGCAAACUGAGACACAGGCCCGGACCUGGCACACUGGUUACUACACCAGUCUUCCUCAGUAUAAUAGAACAAAAUAUAAAACCCGGAAGAGGGGCCCGGAAGAGGGUAUGCCUGCAAGAGGGCUGGACCUGGAAGAGGGUUCGAACCGUACUUACACGGGCCCAUGAGGUUUGACCGAUGUCGGGGAAUCAGCCGACGCCGUCAAAUUGAUUGGGGACUAAAAGAUGCCCAUUAAAAGAAAUAGAAGGGGAUCGUCCACCGUGGCGCAUCCUAUUUCCCCCUUCUCAAUGAAGACUUGAACGGGGG